AAUCAGCUGUAGCUUUCUCUGCUCUGUGCUACAGCUAGACUCGUCUCUCUCUCCGUACAGCAGGGAGAAUUUCACACCAGAAAGUACAACGCGAUCUCUCUGGACAUCCUCUCUCCAGUCCAGACGGACCUUUGAGAAACCCUUUUGGGGACUGGACUGGGGCUGUCCCCAAAAAGCGACGACAGGGUUUGACACAGAAACUGUAUUUGAAGGAUACAUUCCACUACCAGAUUCUUGAUGCAGCAUACAAAUAGAUUUAACCUGAGAAGUAAGAGUUGCAGUUUGGUGAAAAGCGUUGGGACAGCAGCUGCUCCAUGCGCAUAGGAAGCUACAAUAAUGAAAAGCACUAUUUGCCAUUAAUCAUAAAUGUAAUCUGAUUUGGAUACAAUACACGGUUUAUUGAUUCGCGUUUGCAGAGUGAUAAUUUGCUCUAUUAGAAUGAUAAACGUUAAGUGGAGCAACCCGAUCCCAUGCAUCCGCACGAGAAGAGUCGGACAGAAACGGGAGGACUCAGAAACGGGUGAAGAACUGGUGUCUAAAUGCGCCAGGCUGAGUGAGCCUCCCGGUGACGCGGGGCUCCUCGGUAGCUCGCCAGGGUCACUGCUGUCCCCGGUCCCCUUGAGUGGCCCGACCCAUCAAGGUCCGUCCCGGAUAGGCCAGUUUCUGCUCCUACAUAUGGCUGACAGGGACAGGAUGCACAGCGCACUCAACAUUGACACUGGAGACGCGUUGGUGUGCAAGGUGUUUGACAUGGGUCUGUACCAGGAGAAGAUCCGGGCCUACCGCAUCCUGCCUGUCCACAGGAACAUCAGCUGUAUCCGAGACAUUGUCCUGGGGGAGCGUUGGGCAUACGUCUUCCUAGAGAAGGACCACGGGGACAUGCACACCUUCGUUAAGAGCUGCAAGCGUUUGGACGAGGAGCGGGCGGCACAGCUCUUUCACCAGGUGACGUCGGCCGUGUCACACUGUCACCAGCAUGGCGUCGUAUUAGGAGACCUGAAGCUACGCAAGUUUGUCUUCUCUGACAGGAAAAGGACCCAUGUGAAGCUGGAAGGCCUGGAAGACUGCAGGGUUCUAGAAGGAGAAGAUGACUCCAUGUCAUACACCUAUGGCUGCCCAGCCUAUAUCAGCCCAGAGAUCCUGAACGUCUCCAGCUCCUACUCCGGGAAGCAGGCGGACAUCUGGUCCCUAGGGGUGAUGCUCUACACUAUGCUGGUGGGACGCUACCCUUUCCACGACCCAGACCCAGCUACCCUCUUCUCCAAGAUCCGCCGGGGCCAUUGCUGCCUACCCGAGAGCCUCUCUCCCCGGGCCAAGUGCCUGCUGCGAUCUCUGCUGAGGAAAGAACCAUGGGACAGACUGACUGCCGCCGAGGUGCUUAUCCAUCCGUGGUUCCACACCACUGCCGCCAACACACAGGAAACAGGGGUCAGUGAACAGGAAGUGGGCUCAGUGGAACAGGCAGUGCCUUCCUGUGAUGUGGAAGAGGAGGAUGAUCUGUUCUGUUGAUCGAUGGGAUGCGUCACCGUGACUGACUCAACCCCUCGAGUGGAAUCGGACAAAAACAUGCUCAAAUGUUACCUUCAAGAGGGUUUAAAUUUGAUUUCGAUUUGUUUUUGGAUAAUGGUUGUAUACUGUUGUGUAUGUACCUCAGACACAAGUGUAUAACUCAAAAGUACUGUAGUGUUUCAUCUAUGUGUGUUAGAUUAAGGGAAUUGUGUGAAGUACUCCACCAUCAUUGUGCGUUGUGUGUGUUCACAAGAAGUAAUUUGGUGCUAAAAACCAGCUCACCGUCACAUGAUGAUGUUUUAUUAGAGUAGAUUAAAGAUACAAUCUGAUGUUUAAACAGACACCCUGACACUGUUUUGGUAAAUAGCUGAGGGAAUAACAGAGUAGAAACUGAGGGGCUAAUAGAGCUGUGGGAAAGUGUAUAUUUCUACCCUGAGUACUGAACUGACAUGUGGCUAUUUCUACCCUGAGUACUGAACUGACAUGGGGCUAUUUCUACCCUGAGUACUGAACUGAUAUCAGACUAUUUCUACCCUGAGUACUGAACUGACAUGGGGCUAUUUCUACCCUGAGUACUGAACUGACAGACUAUUUCUACCCUGAGUACUGAACUGAUAUCAGACUAUUUCUACCCUGAGUACUGAACUGACAUCAGACUAUUUCUACCCUGAGUACUGAACUGAUAUCGGACUAUUUCUACCCUGAGUACUGAACUGACAUGGGGCUAUUUCUACCCUGAGUACUGAACUGAUAUCGGACUAUUUCUACGCUGAGUACUGAACUGAUAUCAGACUAUUUCUACACUGAGUACUGAACUGACAUCAGACUUUCUACCCUGAGUACUGAACUGACAGACUAUUUCUACCCUGAGUACUGAACUGAUAUCAGACUAUUUCUACCCUGAGUUCUGAACUGACAGACUAUUUCUACCCUGAGUACUGAACUGAUAUCAGACUAUUUCUACGCUGAGUACUGAACUGAUAUCAGACUAUUUCUACGCUGAGUACUGAACUGAUAUCAGACUAUUUCUACCCUGAGUACUGAACUGAUAUCAGACUAUUUCUACCCUGAGUACUGAACUGAUAUCAGACUAUUUCUACCCUGAGUACUGAACUGACAGACUAUUUCUACCCUGAGUACUGAACUGAUAUCAGACUAUUUCUACGCUGAGUACUGAACUGAUAUCAGACUAUUUCUACCCUGAGUACUGAACUGAUAUCAGACUAUUUCUACCCUGAGUACUGAACUGAUAUCAGACUAUUUCUACCCUGAGUACUGAACUGAUAUCAGACUAUUUCUACGCUGAGUACUGAACUGAUAUCAGACUAUUUCUACGCUGAGUACUGAACUGACAUCAGACUAUUUCUACCCUGAGUACUGAACUGACAGACUAUUUCUACCCUGAGUACUGAACUGAUAUCAGACUAUU